AGAAUUUAAUUUACAUUUUCACGCUUGUUUCUAUAUUUAGAAUAAGGUGUCGCCGUGGUCCUUGAAGUUUGUUCAAAUGCACGCCAAAUCUUUAAUGAUGCAGAACAUAAUGGAACGAUGUUGUGAAGGACUGUGAUGUUGUGAAGGACUGUGAUGUAUGGGAAGGUGAGACCAUGUCUGCAUUCAUCUCCAGACUGCACAAGCUGUCUCCAAAGAAAAGCAAAGAGCGACUGUUCCUACAGGAGAAAUCAGAUGAUGGUAACAAUUCACACAAGGCUGUAGGACGGUUGAGCAACUCAGCGUCAUGCACACUUCCAGUGAAGAGUUCCAGUGUCAGUGACAGCCCUCGUCACUCCUCUGAUAACACCCGGCAUGCGCUUACUGACGGAGAAGAAGAUCCUUCGGAGAACAAGUCAGUGAGGCGGUUAUCUGAACGGUCAGGAAAGCCGCCGAUAAAAGCCAAGCCGCGUCGUCCUCUUAGAUCGAUCAGUUCUGACAAAGGACAUAGUGCCGAUGUGUCACUCAGCGACAGCGGCUCAGUGUCAUCGCUGCCAUCUGUUCGCAGCUUGUCACAGCGGUAUAUGCCAGGGCGGCGCUUCUCCGAAACCAGCACAGACAGCGAUGUGUUUGAUACACCCAGUCCAACAUUACGACGUGGCACUCUUGACAAAGAUGGAGAAGCAACUGGUCAUCGGGGUUCAGACCUGCAAGAAAUGAGGAACGUAGGGUCAGUGGAUAGCGCAUUGACAAGCAGAAAUUGGAGGUUCAAACCAACAGAGUAUUGGAGCACGGAGGACGUCGUCGAGUGGAGCAAGGGAUUGGGCAUAAACAAACUGCCAAAGAUCUUCCACAAUGCUGGUAUAACAGGAUCUCAUCUCUCAAAUAUUACAGAUGAAAUUCUAGUUGAACUGGGUUUGCGUAGCAUUGUGGACAGAAGGAAGUUUCUGGCAGAAGUGAAAAACGUCACAAAUCGCGAAAUGUCAUCUCUUUGGUCCAUCAAAGUACAACAAGUUUCGAUGAAGAGACGAAACCUGGAGAGGUCCACUGAGCAGCUUCACGCCAAUCUGGAAAAUCUUCAGAAACUGAACGAGGAGCAGGAGAAAAAGAUUAGUUCAUCUUUGCAUGAAAUACAACAGGAGCAGUUGGAGACUAAAGAACUCCUGUCAAGGGAGAUAAUAGAUCAGUCUGAUCCUUCGUACGGGACUGACACAAACAAGCCGCUUUCUGAUUGGUCCACUGAAGACGUUGUGAGGUGGCUAGACAACAACAACCUGGGGCAUUUUAUUAAAGUCUUCCAAGAAAAUGGAAUUGCUGGGAAGGACUUAAACGAUGAUAAUCUGAACUUUUUAGAUCAUCUGGAGGGGUUUGACACAGAGGCCCGGGAAGCUCUUCUCUCCACUAUUUAUAGACUCCAGAACCCUGAGCCAAUCAGCAGCCAGGAGAAUGACCUGGAGAAAAUACAGACCGAUGCUGACCGUCAGAAAUACAUCGCAGCCCUCCAGGUGGCUGCACUGGAGCAGAGUUUUAGUGGGAGUUUGAUGAGUGGGUCCACAGGAACGCUGAAUAGUUCGUUUACAGGUUCAACCAGCACGCUGUUCGUGGGGAAUCUGGGGUCGGCCGGUCAGAUGGAUGGAUCCACAGACACGCUGGCAUCAUCUCAGCCUGAGGAGUCCUCACCCAGUCUGACAGAGCAGCCAAAACAUGCCAUACAGCGGUCUUCCCCACGGAGAACCAACAUCUACCGCAAAAACCACUGUGUGCAGGACACCCCUCCACCCAGACCCAAAUCAGCUCCUGUUUCGAGGGAAACCAGUGCCAAAUGGACGCAGCCUUUUUCAACGUCCAGUUUGUUCACUAUGCUGGAUACCAGCAAACCAGUUACAGUGUUGUGUGUCAAAGUAGCCAUAUUAAAUGAGCAGUUGGGCUUUAAGGUCAAGGUCACAGAGAGAGGAAAGGUGAAGGUGGUUCAGACGGAUAAGAAUGCAAUACCACUACGGAAAGGGGAUUGGAUUUUGGAGGCGUGUGGUACAUUGAUGGGUACCAUAGAAACAGAAGAAGACUUUCUAUUGGCUGUGAAAUGUAAACCAGUGGUUGACAUGGUGAUCAUGAGGGAGGAGCCAGAGAAACCUGGGACAAGUAAGUCACUUGGAGCGAAUGCGGAUGAUAUUGUGAAAUUAAAAAACAAGCUGACACAGUCUGAGAACCAGUGGACGGAGCUGCGCCACGUUCUGGAGGAGCUACGGGACAUGGACGUUGGGUCGGAGCAGUAUGUCAAACUCUUCCCCAUGGCCAAGAUGGAGUCUGUCAAGGAAACCUACAAGCUGGAAGAGCAGCUUCAGCAGUUACAAACUACCCUGACAAAUCAGGUGACGAGGGCUAAUUCUCUGGACCGUGAGCUGGAGACAAAGGACCAGGCGUUGAAGCACGCAGAAGAAGAACGAGACAGAGCUGUGUCCAAGCUUCAUCAGUUGAUUAGUAUCAUUGACACAGAUCACAAGGGUGUGAGGUAUGAAGAUAUGGAUGAUUCGGUACCUCUGUGGGAAAACCUGCGAAAAGCUGAAAAGGAGGACGUGUUGCAGGCGCUGAAGGACACAAUCCUCGAGUCCACGCGUCAAAAAGCGUACCUGGACCACCUGCUGGGUGUGGUCAUUGACCAGGCUCCUUACCUGCUAGAGGAGCUGGAAGACAUGGAGGUUCCUGAGGAGGGGUCACAGCUUGUUGUCACCAGAAAUAUUCCUGAGGAAUGGUGUUGAGGCUCUGGUGAGGGGUGUUCACAAGAGUCAGUUUACCUGCUGAGGUAUGAAAUGUAUCUAAAGAUUUAAUGCCAGUCUCUAUGAAAAAGUAUUUGUCAGGUGUGACCUGAACAACCCACCAAAAGUGGAACUUUCGAAGUCUUUUAUUGAUUUUUUAAUACAAAGGUGUUUUCGUCUUUUUUUAUGUGUAAAUUUUUCUCUUCAGCCAUGAGUGCAUCAAACUGAGUGGUCUUCACUGUUUAUAUGACACGGUUUAUGUCAGUAGAUUUAGGUCACAGGAUAUGAGUACCAAUAGAUUAAAGAGUAGUUUCUAUGGCAACGACGGUGUUUCUAAAAUCUACUAUAAAGUUUUCCAUUGUUACAAUGGAUAAACAUUUUUCCUCUUUCUGUUCAUUAAAUCCUAGUAGCAAAAGUAUAUUAAGCAGGUCCAUGUUAGAAAAGUCUUCCUGCCAAUUAAAACAUUGAGGUAAUAAUUUUCUACUGGAACUAGGUCUUCCCAGCUUAAGUAACUUUCUCAGAUGUGAGAUGAUCCGGAUUCAUGGUGACGGGGCUCUAGAGUAGGGUCUUCAGGGAAAGACAGGGAUAUUUUUUAAAAUGUUACUACAACAUGUGAUUAUUGACAAACUUAGGAUUAUAGGAUAUGUUUGUUAAAAGUAUGUUUAAGAAAAGAAUGGCAAUGACCAAAAUGAUAUGUGGUUGUGUAUGAUUCGUUGUAUAUUUUCUGAUCAAAAGAGAAGGCGGACAUAUAUAGCGAGCAUUUAUAGCAAAUGGUGCUACCCUAAUGGCUUCAGAAGCGUUGUGAUGUCAGGCACAGAUUUGUUAAUGGUAUUUACUACUUGUUGAAUGACCAAGACGUUAUUGUAGUCGUUGAUGUGCAUUUAAGGGGUUUAAUUGCUUAACAAGAAAAGGGUACUAAGGGCCUUAUUCUGACAUGGCUUUGUGUUUGUUGUCCUUGUGGUUACAUGCAGAUUUGAUAGUACCUGUGGAAUUUCUAUAAUACCAUGUUCUAUUUGGUAUUCCUCUUCCGUCGUUGGUUUUUUUUCCAUUUAAAAACUUCCAGAGCAAUCUUCCAGAUUAUGCCUAUAAUUCUCAGGUACAUAUACUAAUGACAACAGUAAACAUAACCAUAGUAACACUUAAUAGUAUGCUUUAUAUGCAUAUUUCUCAGGUGUUAAUAAAAAUAAUAACCAUCGUAGUAUACUAACUAUAUUUAUUCAGUUAAUAAGUGACUCGUACCGUGUUAGACAGGAGCUGCAAUUUUUACCUGAGCUGAUGCAGCAGUAUUGCUCCAGCAUGGCUGUAAAAGUAGGUUAUAUGUGAUUAGAUAGGAGCAAUAUUUACCUGAGCUGAUGUAGUGGUACUGCUCCAACAUGGCUGUCAAAUUAGACCAUGCCUUGUUAGAUAGGAGCAAUAUUUACCUGAGCUGAUGUAGUGGUACUGCUCCAACAUGGCUGUCAAAUUGGGUCAUGCCUUGUUAGAUAGGAGCAAUAUUUACCUGAGCUGAUGUAGUGGCACUGCUCCAACAUGGCUGUCAAAUUGGGUCAUGCCUUGUUAGAUAGAAGCAAUAUUUACCUGAGCUGAUGUAGUGGUACUGCUCCAACAUGGCUGUCAAAUUGGGCCAUACCUUGUUAGAUAAGAGCAAUAUUUACCUGAGCUGAUGUAGUGGUACUGCUCCAACAUGGCUGUCAAAUUAGACCAUACCUUGUUAGAUAGGAGCAAUAUUUACCUGAGCUGAUGUGGUGGUACUGCUCCAACAUGGCUGUCAAAU